CAAAGUUCAUGCGGUGGUAAGAGCAGUCGAGGUAGCGGUAGCAUCUAUGUGCAAUUACAUUUUCUUCCCUGUCAAGUGAUACAUUUAUAUCUGAAAUGUCUUCCAAUACGAUGAAAAUGAAGAAACCCACUCUGAAAGUAACUCCGUCUUCGAGAGUUCUUAAUAACUCUACCUCAGGAAUACUUCGUGCAAAUCAUAGUACAACACGAAGUGUCAACGCUUCAGUCAGCCGGAAAAGUCUGUCUUUGGCCGGUGACAGUAAAGUCCUCGAGAAGAGCUCACUACAAACCCCAAAGCAUACGGUGCAGGUGUUCGAUGAGAAUGGCCAAGAUGUCACACCACAGCCUCUAUUUCAUCCAGACCCUGGGGGUCUACAACCUAAACAGAGCAAAAUCUUCACAGGUCAUGACAACUCAGGUGCUACUAUUUCAGACUUCUUCUCAACUGCAUUCCAGACAACCAAUGCAAGUUUUGCUGGGCCCUUUACAAGGUCUGUUUUUGGAAGUAGUACAGUGUCUAGAUCAAGCCAGUCUACUAUGGAUUCAAUGACUGAUGAAAUUGAAGACCCAUCUUCUAAACGGGAUGUGACCAUCAGUCUUUCAGAUGUUCAAGUGAGAAGAGAAGAGGUGAAGGAGCAGAUAAUGGAGGACAUGUUGGAUGAGGUGGUGGAUCACUACCUCACAGAGUCACACACCAUCUGGCUGCUGGACUUGCCUGCGGUGUCUGUGUCUGUGGACUCUGAGGACGCAGAGGUUGUGAGAGAGAGAAUCAAUGCUUACACAGAGUUGUGCAAAAAUAGACAGGGGAAUGAUAAGUACAUGGAACGGUCAAUGCAGACAUUCAAUGGAGCCCCCAAAAACAAAGAGGUUCAGUGUGAGUCCAUCUCCAUGGCUGAUGCAGCUACCAUGGCGACCACCUGGGAUUUGUAUGACUCAUACUGCGGUGGCAGUGCUGUGGGCCAGGCGGCGCAGGCUGCAGAUGGAGAGAAGCCUGGAGGCGCCGAGGUGAUCUCCAGCCACAGGCUCGACAGCUCCGCAGCCCCAAACAUGAGCAUGUCUGUCGUCAGCUCCGCAAGUAUAGCUAGCAGUUCCAGCAUUCGCAUCCAAGUGCAGCCCUACGAGGUGCAGCUGGAGGAAGAACCAGACCCAGAGCUCAUCCUCCAGUCAGACAAAUUCAAGCUUGACCUGGUGGCCAUGGAGAGAGUGGUGCUAGAGAACAUCUAUCAACCUGUGCUGGCUUUGUAUAGACAGAUAACAGUUUUUCAAGACCCUGACUGUAAGCUACAGGUGGCGGUGGACUCGGUGAGCAUCACCGAUGGGGAGGAGGGCAGACCUCAGACCCCGGCCAUGGAGCGCCUCUGGUCCUUCAGCUGUGUUCUCACUGCUGGACGAAACGUUAGCUGCAUGGCCUGGAACAAGAAGAAUCCGGAUCUGUUGGCUGUUGGAUAUGGACAGUUUGAUUUCAAAGAUCAGAAAUCAGGCCUGGUGUGCUGCUGGUCCCUGAAAAACCCUAAGUGGCCAGAGCGAAUCUUUCACUGUGAGAGUGGAGUCACAGCCCUUGACUUCUCUGCUUAUAAUGCCAGCCAGUUAGCUGUGGGCAUGCAUGAUGGCAGCAUUGCCACAUAUAAUAUGCAGAGCACAGAAAACUCCCCCGUUGUAGACAGCAGUGACUGUGUCCAUAAGCAUACCAGUGCCGUGUGGCAGUUGAAGUGGGUCAACCAGGAGAGUGGUCUCUCGAGCGACGACAAAGGCGAGAGCCUCAUCUCAGUGUCUGCCGACGGCAGGAUCAUUAAAUGGUUCCUGCGCAAAGGACUGGACUGCAUCGAUCUGAUGAAACUGAAGAGGACCAGAAAUGACAAGCCAGGCAAGCAGGCAGGAGAGAAGGAGAGGAAGACGGAGGCUUUCAUCUCCCGACAGGCACCGGGAAUGUGCUUCGACUUCCACCCCGAGGACUCCAACAUUUACCUGGUAGGCACAGAGGAGGGUCACAUCCACAAAUGCUCCUGUUCAUACAACGAGCAGUUCCUGGAGACGUACCGUGGACACAGAGGCCCCGUCUAUAAGAUUGAGUGGUCUCCCUUCUGCACUGACGUCUUCCUGAGCUGCUCGUCGGACUGGACGGUCCAGCUGUGGCAGCAGGACUUCUGCACACCCGUGCUGAGCUUCACUGCCACCCACAGGGCUGUUCAUGACAUCAAGUGGUCCACCACGUGGCCCACCAUGUUUGGGGCGGUCAACGAGGGCAGGGUGGAGAUCUGGGACCUUGCAGUGAGCAUUCUGGAUCCAACCAUAGUGAGCCCAGCUAAGCCAGGGGUCAAGCUCACCACCCUGCUGUUCGCCAUGGGAACAGAAUGCAUUCUGGUAGGAGACAGUGAUGGACAGGUCAGCGUCUACCAGCUCAGGAACAUGCCAGUUAACAACCAUCAAGUUAAGGUGGAGAUGUUGCAGGACAUCAUCAAGUCGUCCCUGGCCAGUCAGCUGUGAGCCAGGAGGCUUGGGCUCCGGUCCAGGGGAGGUUCUGGAGGCCCGUGUGGGGUGGGUGCGGUGCGGUGGCGGUCCAGAGUCUGCCAGUCUGGCCCGGGUCUCCCCUCUCCAUCAUCCCUGGGUGACGUUAAUUGCGUUUGUCCGUCAGACUGCAUGACUCCGCUGCUGAAUUACAAUGAGAUUACCGCAAGCAGGAAAGUCCACCGAAAACCUGAUUUGUUGUUUUGUAUGAAAAUAAUAACAAUAAAAAAACACAACUGCU